AGUGUCAUCCCUCGUGCUCGCUCUGUACCGGACCAUCUGCAGAAAACUGCACCUCCUGCUCCUUGUCCUCGUCCACUCUGCAGGACAGUACAUGUGUGUCCUCCUGCCCACAGACCUUCUUCAUCCAGGACAGUCAGUGCCAAGCGUGUCAUCCGUCCUGCCUGACCUGCUCCGGCCCCUCCCAGGCCGACUGCACCUCCUGCCCCCUGCUGGCCUCCCUGCAGAACGGCUACUGCAGGACCAGCUGCCAAGAAGGCCAUUUCCUCAGCGCUGACGCCGGAGAGUGCCUCAAGUGCAGCUCAGACUGUCAGCGUUGCACCGCAGACCUCCACACCGGCGUCGGCAGCGUCUGUCUGUGGUGUGCGACGGCGAGGACGUGGUUGCUCGGCGACCACUGCGUGGCUCAGUGUCCACGUGGACACUUCUCCUGGCACGGAGCCUGCAUCAGAUGCCAUCUGUCAUGUGAUUCCUGCAGUGGGGCGGGGCCUCUCGCCUGCACUUCCUGCCACACCAACAGUGUUCUGUUACCAUCAGGCCUGUGUGCUCCCAGAUGUCUGACUGGUUACUAUGACGAUGGUCACAGGGUCUGUCAGGCAUGUGACCCUCAGUGUCUGACGUGUGACACAGCUGGAGUUUGUACGUCGUGUCGAGACCCGACCAAAGUUCUGCUGUUUGGAGAGUGUCAGUACGACAGCUGUGCUCAUCAGUAUUACCUCAACACCACCACCAGAACCUGCAGAGAGUGUGACUGGAGCUGUAACGCCUGCAGAGGUCCUCUGCGGACAGACUGUCUUCAGUGCAUGGAGGGACACGUGCUGCAGGACGGUGUGUGUUCACAGAGCUGCUCGCCCGGGUCAUAUCAGGACGGAGACCAGUGCCUCGGCUGUGACGAUGACUGUGUGGCGUGCAGAGGUCCAGGACAGUGUGAGCAGUGUCAGUCUCUGUACAGCCUCCUGCAGGGUCACUGUGUGCUGGACUGUGGCAGAAACUUCUUCCUGGACGUUUCCUCUCACGUCUGCAAGCCCUGCUCCUCUGACUGUGCGCUGUGUGACGACAUUGGACGCUGCAGAGCUUGUCGUGACCAAACGUACCUCAUCGAAGGAUACUGCACCCCCGACUGUGGACACGGUUACUAUGCCAACCAGAAGACCAGGACCUGCCUCGAAAACACCCGCCCCCCUGCCCUUCAUGUCAACGGUUCCCUGCUGGUUCCACUGGGCGGUUCUGCUGCUCUGUCCCCAUCUCUGCUGCAGGUGAAGGAUCCCGACAGUCCCACCGAGCAGCUCGUCUUCCACGUCAUCCAGAGUCCAAACAACGGACAGUUGGUUCUGUCCAGGAAGGAGGAGGGAGAAGAGUGGGGGGGCCAGGAACUGAGCGGAGGCAGCAGCUUCACCUGGACACAGCUGAACACUGGACGUGUCCACUUCAGACAUCAAAGAGACAAAGCCAGGUCUGGAGAGUUCAGCGUGCGCGGCGCUGACCCUCAGCUCUUCUCGCAGACAGAAAGCGUGCAGGUUCAGGUCGUGUCGCUGCAGCCUCCAACAGUCUCGACUCUCGCUCCUUUAACCGUGGACGGCCGCGGCGCCGCGGCGACCAUCACCAAGUCGGUGCUUCACGUGGACGAUGCCGACAACCCAGCCGACGUCCUGAUCAUGGUCCUCGAGCCUCCGCGCCAUGGCCGCCUGUCCCGUCUUCACGGCGACCGAGCGCUCGGCCGGUUCAAGCUGGAGGAGCUGUCGCAGGAGCAGAUCCGGUACGUUCACGACGGCUCGCAGGAGACGCACGACCGGACGACGCUGCAGGUCAACGACGGUUACAGCUACAGGAACGUCCUCCUCCACAUCCACGUCACUCACAAGGCUGCUGAGUCUCCUCUGGGCCGCUCUGUGCCCGUCACCUGGGUCAAAGAAGGCGGAACGGUGAAGCUGGAUAAAAAACACCUGCAGGCUGAUUUCAGAGGCGUGGCCACUGACGACAUCGUCUACACCAUCCUGACGUCAGACGCAGAACCUAAGUUUGGUGACGUGGUGCUGCUGUCCAUGCCGGCCGACGGUCCUCCUGAAGGCUGGCCCUCGACGCCAACGACGGCCCGUCGGUAA